CUCUCUUUCCGAUUCUUUGUGUUUUGAGAAAGGAUAUGCGCGUCGAUCUCUUUGAGCUUCCGACAUAGUUGAGAGUAGAAAUCGAAAAGGGGAAAAAUGUUUGAGGUUAAAGAUCCGGCUAUUAAGCUUUUUGGGAAGACUAUCCCGUUACAGGAGAACCAGAUUCCACAGGAAGCAGGGGAGAAAUCCGAUCCCGAAUGUCAGGUUCCGGUGGAGUCUGCUGAGACAGUUGCAUGCAGCGAAACAAAAAAGGUAGAGGAUGAAGGUGGUCCUACAGAUGAGUCCAGGAACCAUGAUAAGUCUUCCAGCAUGGAUAAUGGUAAGGAAGGCAACCAUCAAACUCCCACCAAGGAAGAAAAUAAAGCAACUGUAGAUUCUAAUCAUGAUGAAGGCCAGGCUGAGACUGAUAUGGCAACCCAAGAGAAAGUUCUCAAGAAGCCUGACAAGCUCCUUCCAUGUCCUCGAUGCAAUAGCUUGGACACAAAGUUCUGCUACUACAAUAAUUACAAUGUUAAUCAACCCAGGCACUUCUGCAAGAAAUGCCAGAGAUAUUGGACUGCUGGGGGAACAAUGAGAAAUGUUCCUGUGGGUGCUGGACGGCGCAAAAAUAAGCAUUCAGCCUCACAGUAUCAUCAUAUAAUGAUGUCUUCUGAUGGAAUGCCAAGCACCAGGGUCGACAAUCCUGAUUUAGCAGAUCACCAAGUUGUUUCCUGUGGAGGGCUUCCCAAUCCUUCAAAACCCAUGAAGGGAAAUGGAACAGUCCUAAAAUUUGGUCCUGAUGCAACUCUAUGUGAGUCUAUGGCAUCUGUGCUUAAUCUUGAGGAGCAGAAGAGAAAAAUUGAGAUCGGUAUGGUGGCUUGUGAAGAAAAUGGACAGGAACCCUCAUGUGUCUCUUCAAUUACAGUCUCAACAUGCCAUGAAAUUGAAAAACAUGAAAAUAUGGUGCAGAUGCAGCAAGGUGGUACAACGGAAUAUUGUAGUGGGCCUACUCCUACACAUCCUCUUCAAUUUUACCCUGGUCCUCCUUGGGCUUACCCAUGGAACCCUGCUUGGAACGAUGUAGCUGCAACGGCAGUAGGCCGAUGCCCGUCUGAAUUGGUUAAUGGACAGGAUAGCAGUAACCCUAGUGCGAUGCAAUGGGUUUUCCCACAUAUGGUGGCAGCUCCCACCUUUUGUGCACCACGCAACCCCUUCCCAUGUAUGCCUGCGUCCUAUUGGGGUGGCAUGCUUAACUGGCCUGCAGGUGCAUGGAAUGUUCCGUGGCUUGGAUCUAAUGGUAGCCUUUCACCAUCAUCCUCCCCUAGCAACAGUAGCUGCUCUGGGAAUGGCUCUCCAACCUUAGGGAAGCAUUCUAGAGAUGCAAGUGUACAGGGGGAAGAGAAACUGGAAAAGUAUCUUUGGGUUCCUAAGACGCUAAGAAUUGAUGAUCCUGAUGAGGCUGCAAAGAGUUCUAUUUGGGCUACUCUGGGUAUUAAUCUGGAUCAGAAUGAACCACGAACAAAAGGCAGUAUUUUUAAAACUUUCGAACCCAAAAUGGAAGACCAAGUUGCACCAGAGGCAGCACAGGUGUUACAAGCAAACCCUGCAGCUUUUUCUCGCUCUCAGACCUUUCACGAGAGCACGUAACCGGGAUGUGCAUGGAGUUUUUUUUCCGAAAGAGCCUAGAACUGUGGUUGACUCAUGCAUACUGGCUGAACAUUUUGUUGUAUAGAGCAUAAGGGAGCAGCUUUUUGCUGAUGCUGUCUUUUAUGGCAGGGCUUUAUUUUCGUACUUGGUUUUGAUGGUCAUGAGCCACCAGAAUCCACUAGGUUGGCAACACCAUCUAAACUGGUCGAGAGUAUGCUGUAAAUAGUAGAGGGUAGCUUUGAGCUGUUUAUAGUGCUUGUCUGAUACUUUAUCCAUACUAUAGAUUCCAGAUUUGCAGUUGCAUGCAUAUGUUUUGGUUUUGAACCAGUUGAGGGAAAGAGUGAUGCAAGUGCAAAUCA